UGAGGGUUUUAUUUACUAUUUAGCGUGACCAUGCCUGUCUCGGACAAUUCGACAAUGUCCAUCGUCUUUGACAUGCUGCUUCUGGCUGAAGCACAUCUUCUCAUCCAGGCUUGAAGUGUGCCUUAAUAAGUCCAUACGUGCGCACAGCUAAAGCCAGAUGCAUUCCAGGGCGUACAAGUGAUGGGAUCAUUGUGGAGAAAGGCGAUGCUAGUGCAAUCCUGAACGUGCACUCGGAUCUCUGCUUUGCGGCUCUUGAGGAAAGGUGAGGAGGAGAAGAGGCACGAGCAAUGGCGGGGGGGAUGGCGACGGCGCGGAUUGCGCCUGCCAUUGGGAUUGACCUGGGCACUUCCAACUGCGUUGUGGGGGUGUGGAGAAACGGGCAGGUGGAGAUUAUACCUAAUUCAAAUGGGGAUAGGUUGACUCCUUCAGUUGUUGCGUUUUCGGAUAGCGAAGAAGGCGGUCGAUAUAUCGGACAGGCGGCGAAGAAUCAAGCAGCGAGAAAUUGCAAGAACACGGUUUUUGAGGCGAAGAGGCUGAUCGGACGGAAGUUUGAUGACAAGACCGUCCAAAAUGACAUACGAUUAUGGCCUUUCCCGAUUGUGAAAGGGCCACAUGGAGAGGCGAGGGUUCAGAUCCGAAGCCGAUCCUUGGAGAAAGAUUUCACGCCGGAAGAGAUCUCGGCCAUGUUGUUGGGCGAGUUGAAGCGGCAAGCGGAAGCCUUCUUGGACGCGGAGGUCAACGAAGCUGUCAUAACUGUGCCGGCGUACUUCAACGAUGCGCAGAGACAAGCCACGAAGGAUGCCGGGGAAAUCGCUGGGCUCAAGGUGCUGGGCAUCGCUAAUGAGCCUACGGCGGCUGCUUUGGGGUACACCGUUCAUCGCGAGCGAUUGAUUGCCUUCGACAGAGAGAGGACGAAGACGGUGAUGGUGUUCGAUCUCGGCGGCGGGACGCUCGACGUCGCGAUCAUGGAGGUCGGUCGCGGAAAGUCAAAGGUGAUAGCUUUGACGGGCGACAGCCACUUGGGCGGGGUGGACUUCGAUAUUCGGCUGCAGGAGCACGUUCUAAGGCUGGUGCCAGGAGUGGCAGGAGAGGGGACGGUCGCUCAGAGGAGGCUGACAAAAUUGAGGGAGAAGUGUGCGACCGCCAAACACACGCUCUCAACACAGCACUCUGCUGAAAUUGAAGUGCCGCCGAACAAUGAUGUGACUGUAACGAGGGCACUUUUCGAGAACAUCUGUAGCGAUUUGUUCGCGAGGUGUAUGACUCUGGUCAAGGAAGCGAUCGAGCUGUCAAAGCUGGGUCGAGAACAGAUUUCCUGCGUAAUUUUGGUUGGCGGGUCCACGAGAAUGCCGAAGAUAUCGGACAUGCUGACCGACUUUUUUGGCGGGAGAAGGCCGUUGUCAUCCAUUCAUGCAGACGAGGCGGUUGCGUACGGUGCAGCAGUGCAGGCGGCCAUUAUGACAAAGCGGUGUAUUGACUCCGAUCUUCAAGACCUGGUCCUCCAGGAAGUCACGCCUUUGACCUUAGGUGUGAACACGUGGACAGGAGGAGGACCCGAAACGUGGAAAAUGUCCGUCCUUAUUCCGAAGAACACCCCCAUCCCUGCGACCGGGGAAGACAUCCGGGUUACCAUUCGCGAUAACCAGACGGCAAUGGCGUUUACCGUCUAUGAAGGCGAGAGUCCUCUUUGCAAGGAUAAUCAUAUUCUCGGCGAGUUCACUCUGGACAGAUUCGAACCCGCACCCAAAGGACAGGCCAAAGCUCGUCUCGUUUACUCCAUAGAUUCUGACGGUAUUCUCCACGCAACCGCGACGAACACUGUGUCGGGACGAACCAGCUCCGCCAACUUCACAAUGGACAAGGGUAGAUUGACACGUGGCGAGAUCGAGCAGAUGAUUACUUUUGAGCGCAAGUUUGUGGCCGACGACCGAGCUGCCCUUGAGAAGGAGGCGGCCAAGCACCGCCUGCAGCAGUAUCUUACUGAAGUCAAGGCAAAGAUGGGGAGCACGGCGCACCGCCUGCUCCCCAACGAUAGCAGUGUGAUUCGUCGAAAACUGUCGGAUGUUGAAGGAUGGCUAUCGGGGUCGAGUAGCGGGCGGGCAUCGGCGAACGACUUUGAAAACAAAAAACGCGACCUUGAAGCGGCGUGCGAAGCUUUUGAAACGCUGGAUCUUCAGGAUAGGUAUGUUCUUAGAUGCUAAGAAGAAGAUUGGGGGGGGGGGGGGGGGGGGGGGGGGGAACGGAUGAGGGACAUCAUGAUUUGAGAAGAGAGAUUCUGACGCAGAAUGCUGAUGACUGCACGAUGUGCGAUGUGCGAUGUGACACGCAAAGAUGUACGGUAUUCUCUGAAAUAGUAAAUCCUAAUAGUAAUU